GCGCGCUCGCGCCGGCUAUUGUGUUUCUAUAUCAACAAGGAGACAGACCACCUUUAGAGACACCGUGAGACACCGAGACAGACCACCGGGGCCUGAACGACCAGGGACUGAUACACCAUGGCGGACGAACAAGAAAUAAUGUGCAAGUUAGAGAAUAUCCUGGAGAUACGGAACAAGACCGUCCAGAUGCAGAAGAUCAAGUCUCGUCUUAAGGUCGAGUUUGAGGCUCUGGAGUCUGAAGAGAAGCACCUGAAAGAGUACAAACAGGAAAUGGAUCUGCUCCUACAAGAGAAAAUGGCACAUGUGGAGGAGCUGCGGCUCAUCCAUGCAGAUAUCAAUGUGAUGGAGAGCACCAUCAAGCAGUCGGAGAACGACUUGAAUAAGCUGCUAGAAACAACUCGGCGUCUGCACGAUGAGUACAAACCUCUGAAGGAGCAUGUUGACGCCCUCAGGAUGACUUUAGGUCUACACAGACUCCCUAACCUGAACGAAGAAGAGGAGAAGCUCUCCCUGGAUUACUUUGAGAAGCAGAAAGCAGAGUGGCAGAAGGAGCCGCAUGAGCCCGCCAUCCCAGAAUCCCUUGCUGCCGCCGCGGCAGCGGCACAGCAGCUUCAGGUCUCCAGGAAGCAAGAUGCACGCCAGACGGCAACCUUCAGACAGCAACCACCACCUAUGAAGGCUUGUCUGUCCUGCCACCAGCAGAUUCAUCGUAAUGCUCCCAUCUGCCCGUUGUGCAAGGCCAAGAGCCGCUCCCGCAACCCAAAGAAGCCCAAGAGGAAGCCUGAUGAGUAGAUCCUACUCUACCUUCAACUACAGUAGGGUUUAAAGGGACCUGGUCCAAUACACUGAUUUAAGAUCAGCCAGGUACAUGGCAGUAUAUGGCUGAAAUAACAGAUCUGUGCUUCAGGACAAUUUCCACAAACAGUCCCCCACUUUAACAAAUUGUCUUAGUACCUUUUUUCAUAAAGUGUCAGCUGAAACUGAUGGAGGAUCCGGUAACGUCAUUCUGUAGUUUGUUUUUAUCCGUGCUUUGGAUGUGUUUAUAUGUAAUCGUAUGACUUCUAUAGUAGGUUUACUAGCCCCUAAACAUGUAACUGCAAUAAUGCAAAAAGAAACUCGAUAAGAUGUCCAAAUAAUUUCGCCCAUGUCGCUAUCGUUUUUUUGCCUUAGACAUUGUACUGUACUUUCUCUUUUUUUUUUUGCAAUGCAUGCGUGCUUCCAUGACCGUCAGUCGUGUAUUUUUUGUGCCAAUAUAGAAAUGUAAUAUGUUUAAUUGAAGUUUAACUAAAACACAAUGUUGUUUUAAUGUUUACAGUGUUCAAGUGACCACGAACGGGAGAAAAAAAAGGCCAGACUCAUUUGCUCUGAAUAGUGUUAUGUGUUUAACUUUAAUACAGUGAUAAGAAAAUAAAUAGCUGUUUUGUAUUAAC